AUGGCCGGCCCAAGGGCUCCACAGUUCCCCUGGCCCCACGUACUUCUCCAGGGCCCUAACAUGGAUUGGCCCUAUGGGGCCCCGUCCCACCCCACCCCACAGACUGCACCUAUUCAGCCAAAGGACAUUGGAGCUCAUGAUCAGAAAUUUGUUGAGCACUAUGACCUCUUGGAAGAAGGCACACCCAGGAUUCUUCUGAAGAAAAUCCUACAGACUGCUUCAGAAGCCUCUGUCCUGGUACCAGUGCUAAUGAAUUCACAGGAGCCAGAACCUGUUAAGUUGCAGGAGGAAAGCAAGUGGAACAGCUUGGAACUGCAGCUUCCUGAGCCAGAGCCCUCUGUCAGUUUAGCUCCAGAGCUACUGGUUCAUAGUAGGAGAAAGCGUUGCCUUAGAGUGUCUGAGUUUGAACAGGAAGUGGAUCAAGGACUUGCUGUUUCUUCAGGUGAGAGAGCUUCAGCCAACAAGUCCUCGAUGACCAGGUCCUUUAAUCUGACCUUGGCCACAGUUAUGCCCCCUGAAUCUGUAGAGAGGCCUGGCUUGGCCAGAAGGCCGCAGACCCGUAAGAAAGUUGACAUGGAGGCAUUUGAACACAGACUGAAGGACAUCCCACUGACUCUUCUCCCAGAUCGUCAUUCUAAUCACAGCACCAUGCCUGUGGAUGGGGCUAGGUCCUUCCAGUCAAGUCCUUACUCCUUGGGCUUUAGGAGAAGCUUGACCAAGGACCAGCAGCUGAGGGCCACAACCCAUCGGGCUAAUCAAAGAAAGAAGAAGGGUAUUGGGAUCCUGGGGGGCGCGGGUUCUAGGAGAGCAAUCAAGUCUUGGCCAAAAAGCCCCCUCCAAAACUAUCCUCUCUCUGAGACCAACUCCAGGUCUACUAAAAGACAAGCCAGACCUUGGACAGGAAGGCCAAGUCAAAGCAGCUACCUCUCUGCCUACUCUGUGCUUGCUACAAGCAACAUCUCCAGGGAAGCUGUAGCAAAGUCUGAUGUGGCAUAUCAGAUAGAAGAGGAAGGGGAGAGAUUAAUGGUGGAUCAAGCAGAAGAGUCUGAAGAGGACAUAGAAACCCCCCAAAGGGCUGCGGUCUCAGAACUUAGCAUGAAGACACCAGAAUUUCUCCAGGCCAAACGACAGCGUUCCUUUUCACAGCCUGCCUCCCUGGCACCUCCUAAUACUAAUACUGUCCUGUUGCCCUCCAAGGUUACCCAGGCUAAACAUGCCCCAAAGCGCUGUGCCACAGGUCCUAGGCAACCCCAUGAUCCAGACAAGGCCGGCUUGGACCAUUACUGUAAAGUCUUCAGCUACUAUGCCAAAAUGCCUAUGGAGAAGUCAGCUUCCAAGACCCUGGUGAAGUGUCUGGACCAGUAUUUCAGGACACUGUGCGAUGACCUAGAGACCUUCGCUCACCAUGCAGGCCGAAAAACCGUGCUGUUGGAUGACUUGGAGCUGUUGAUGAGGCGGCAGGGCCUGGUGACUGAUGAAGUUUCCCUUUAUGUACUUGUGGAGAGACACCUGCCCUUGGAGUACCGGAGGUUGCUUAUUCCUUGUGCAGCCAGCGGCAAUUCUGUCUUCCCUGCUGGGUAG